UACAGAGAAAGUCCGUGUACACUUAUUGGUAUAUCGAGUUCAACAAGACUACCUGACGUGGAUGAUUCGAAUUUAUAACGUAAACCAAAUUAAUUUUAAAGAAAUGUUGACUUCAAUGAGACAUCAUACGAAGUUGCUGUUUAUCAGCAUCGCUUUAUUUGAAGUAAUAGGCCUGUCAUUAGCGCAACGUGUUGCACCCGGCGUUCCACCUUCGCAAUAUCAACAAAAUGUGCAAUACCACCAAGCGCCACCUCAAUAUCAACAGCAACAAGCUCAAUAUCAACAAUACCAACAGCAAGGUGUACCGCAACAGCAACAACAGUAUCAACAGCAAGUGCCACAACAGCAACAAUUUCAACAGCCACCGCCACAACAACAAUUUCAACAGCCACCGCCACAACAACAACAACAACAGCAAUUCCAGCAACCACCGCCGCAACAAGUGCCAGAUGGUCACGGACAUGGCCAUGCUCAUGGUGGCGCUAAUGGUGGUGUGCUGUCCGGUAACGUCAAUGAGGAGAAGGAACACAUUCAAGAGCACAUGGAAGUGCCAAUCGACACAAGCAAAAUGUCUGAACAAGAAUUACAAUUCCAUUACUUCACCAUGCACGACUCUGACAAGAACAACAAAUUAGAUGGCAGCGAAUUGAUCAAAUCACUCAUCCACUGGCACGACGAAGAUGAAGAGCUACCGAAAGAUGGACAACAUACCUACACCGACGAUCAAUUGGAGGAGACAAUCGAUGAAUUAUUGAAAACCAUGGACUUGAACAGUGACGGUUUCAUCGAAUACACCGAAUACAAGAAUAGCGUAUAAAAGUCAUCACACUCACCGCUGAAAAUAUUCUGUUCACUUUACAUGUUUUUAUGUUGUUGUUAACAAACAUUUUUGUUCCGGUUUAUGUUUUCUGUUUUUUUUUUUUGGUUGAGUCAUAACAUUUUCAGGAUAAUUUUAAAUGCUUAAACUAGGUAAUAAUUUUUUUUCUUGUUGUUGUAAAUAAAACUUUUUUCGUUGGUUUUUAAAACCACUUGAAUUACUGCUAAUACAAAUGCAAUGGAUUUUUGCCAAUGCGGCAACAAAACAAAUUCCAAAAUAAAACAAUCCGCCGAUUAUGUGUUAUUAAAACCGUACGUGGACAAUCAAUGUUGUGUGUCAACUGGAUUUCGAACGAAAUUAACGCAAUCUCCAACUUUAUAGCAAAUGAAGGAAGUGAAGCACAGGCACAGCAUUUGACCGAUGAAAUGCUAGCGGAUUCGGUUGACAAAGCAUUGACUAAGGCCGAUUACGAUUGGGACGGUUACAUAUCAUGGGAUGAAUAUGUUUACUCACUUGGCGAUAAGGAGGUGCAACACCAUGUGAAAGAAUACGAAACUCAUGAAGUCGACCACCACAAUGUUCCACACUGAUUUGAAUUGCGCGCAAAAGAAGAAAAAAAAAACCAUCCAGAAUUUUAGCUUAAAAUGACGAAAUUCCAUAACGGAUGAAAUAAUACCAUUUCAUAAUCUCUUCCUUGAGAUUAUUUCUCAUUCGAUAACGUAAUUUAUUCAACUCAUUUGGUUUUUGAACACACACACACACAUUUUGGGUAACAUAGAAGUAAUGCAUGCAAUGACGAAUGAUGCAUUGGCGCAUGUCAUUUCGGGUGAAUAAAUUUAAAUUGGGAAUAAAUCAAAAUUCUUUUCUAAACAAUAACAAUUUUACUUGGUUUUGGAUUGGUUUCAAAGGUAAUGCAAAAAUUUCAAAUCACAAUUUAUUUUUCACAGUCAUUCACGAUGAUGUUUAUUACCGAUCUAAAAUUAAGUAACAAGGGGAGUUGUAUAUAUUCUAAUUUUCUUGAAAUCCGAUCAGUUUGUAUAUAGUUAAUUUUACGGGUUAGAAGUAGGAUGUGCUUCUGUUACGUUCCAAAGAAAGUCCGUAUUCUCUUGCUAUAUCUAAGAAAUUAACUUCACCUUUUCUCUGACUAACCCAUUUUGAACCAAAACAGCAAACAUUUAGAAUGGAAUCGUAAAUUAAGAAAUGAAAUACCUCCACAAAAAAAGCACAAACACAGUUGAAAAAUUUCCAAAAUCAAAUUUAAAUGAAUGCAUGCAUAUGCGUACCUGAACCAAUUCCAGAAAAAGACAAUAAACCGGUUGAUGCAGAUGGUUCAGACACCUAUACGGAUGAGAAAUUAAGCGAAAUCAUCGACCAAUCACUUAAAAUUAUGGACUCUGACUACGAUGGCUAUGUUUCAUUUCCGGAAUUUGUGAAAACACAGCAAGACAUGAAACAUAAUGCUGAUCAACAAUAAGUAUCUUCCGGGACCACCACCGCAAUAUAACCAAUGACACAGAUCCAAGAAUUAAAAAAAUCCACACACAAAAACACACAUACACUUUCGAUUGUGCAGACACGCCAGAAAAGACACACAGACACAUAACGACGUUACCAUAAAAUUUUGUCCGGUUCAAUUUUAGAUUUCGAAUUCGUUGUAAUUUGUAGCAUUUCAAUUCAAAUAAAAUAUUUUUAUUCGUAUUAUUUUACAACAACAAAAAAUCACAAGCAUUUAUUCCAUUUUGUAUAAGCACUCGACAUCAUAUGCAAACUGUUUCAAACUCAAAAUUGUACAAUGUAGAAAAGGAAAAAAAACGGCCAAAUUAUGUGAGGUAAUUUGCACAUAGUUGUCAUUGUAUUGGUUGCAAAUUUGUCCGUUGAUUACACUUUGUACUAGUUAGAUCAAGAGCUAUUUUGUAUAUAUUUUAUUUGAUAUUAGAACAAACGGCAAAUGUCACCAGAUAUUUGGAUAAUAGUAAAGUUUACACGGACGAUGAACUGGUGCAAUAUGUUGAUUAUAAUUUAAAACUUAUGGACACGGAUAAUGAUGGAUUCAUUUCGUUUUGGGAGUAUCGACAAGGUAUCAAACAAGUGCAACAAUCUCAAUUUCAAUCGAAAUCGCCAUAAGAUUCGUACUGAAUAUUUUGUAAACAUUUGUUUCAAUGCAACUCAAUUCUGUCAUAUCUAUUCCAAUUAAAAUGAUAUCCGGUAAAUGGAUUAAGUAA